GGAUAUUGGUACAAUCUACUACAUCACUGCAUAUAGUUUGUGCUUGCAUAAAACGGACUUUUGGCUCCUAUAAGUAAACAUCAGCUGAUCACACUUUCAAGUGUUAUUAGACAUUGGAUUUAGGCGUAGAAUGAGCUCCUGUAUGUGAUUAUAGUCAGAAAUCCAAUAUUUGUAGCAAUGGCUGCGAAGACUGAGGAAGAGAAAGCUCCAAGCUCUUCAAAGAAUCUGACGUGUCCACUAUGUCUUGGUAUCUUCGACGAGGCAACCAUCCUGACUUCAUGCGGACACACCUUCUGUCGGAAAUGUCUCAAGAACUGUGACCUGUCCCACCAAGAUCUCGAUCACAUGAUCUGUCCUCUCUGCAGGAAGAUCACCAAGUUGUCUGCGAACCGUGUCGAUGAUUUCCUCACCAAUGUGACUGUCAACGCACUGGUAGACGAUUACCACGCCAAGAGUGGAGGGGUGAACGCUGUCCUUGAGAUGCGUCCAAAAUGCACUGCUUGUAAGUGUCAGCAAGAUGCUGUCUCAUUCUGCUGUACAUGUAAUAACUACAUUUGUGAUAAGUGUCUGGAUUGUCAUCAACAUCUUACAGUCUUUGAAGGUCACGAGAUUGUUUCCAUACAGGAUAUCAACAUAGGGAAAGUCAGUAUUGGUCAUCUAUCUGAGAAGUGCUGCAUCCACAAACAAGAGAACAAUGAUAUGUUUUGUGAGGACUGUAAGGUCCAUGUCUGUCUCAAGUGCGUGAUCGUCGGUCAUCAAAAUCAUAACAUCAAGAAUCAGGCUGACUUCGAGCAGCAGUUACGGCUUAAGGUGAACGACCUUGUCCAGCGAUGUGUCGCUAAGAAGACAGAACUGGAGAAGAACAUUCAGAAUAUUGAAGUACAACGCCAUGAAGUAUACACUGCCUUGCAGAAACUACUGGACGAUGUCAGUCAAGCCUACAGCAUCAAGGCCAAAGAGCUUGAAGAAAAUCAUCGAAAUCUCAUCGAGCAAAUCAAUGCAGUAAAGCGGAGUUUCGAUGACGACCUCAAUGUCUUUAAAUCCAAGGAUCGACAGAGGAUCAAGAGUAUUUGUAGUUCAAUAACACUGGUAUCUAAUGACAGACUGGGUCUUCUUGAGACAGGCAGUCUGUCUGCUCAUGCCUUGCUCUGUGAGGAGCUGGAUGCCAUGCUGAAGGAGGCUACUGAUCACACUUCUGCGGCAGCCAUUACGAAGAAAGCACAGGAGAAUAGGUUCAAGCCUGCAGAUGAUACUCGUCUCGAACUCGGGAGCAUCUCGGAAUCAGCUACUGAUCACACUUCUGCUGCAACCAUUACGAAGAUAGCACAGGAGAAGAAGUGCAAGCCUACAGAUCAUACUCGUCUCGAACUCGGGAGCUUCUCAGAAUCAGCUACCGAUCACAGUACUUCUGCUGCAGCCAUUACGAAGAAAUCACAUCCUAAGUUGCAAGUCAUUCAGUGCGUAGAUCUACCGACAAUGAUAGAGGGUAUGACCCCGUACUCUGAGGACAGUGUAGCCAUCGGAUAUUCGGAUAAACCUGGUAUAUAUAUCGUAGAUUCAGCUGGUAAACAGGAGCAGUAUACAAACAUACCAAGUAUGACGUGUUAUGAUCUUGUGUUUCAACAAGACAGGUCGUUAUGUAUAUCGAUGAAAGGAUCGAUGGGUAGCGAUGAAGUACGAAUAUAUUCUCCCAAUGGAUCCAGGAAAUCAAACAUCCAUUUUAAUAACAGUGGCGAAACUGUCCAACUAAACAGAAGUCCAUCAAAUGAAAUCCUCUUGGUUAACGGUGAGAAGAAAGUCUAUAUCUAUAACCCGACUGGAUCCACUCUCAAACACACUGUUCCAACAAAACACAACCAGGUGAGUCAGGUAUCUGCUACCAGGUGGGGUUUGAUCGUCACGAGUUCAGCUCAUCACGGUCCAGGCGUGGUGACGGUCUAUGACAGGGAUGGGAAUGCUGGUGAGUCUCUACAAGAUCCAGACGACGAUGUCAACCUGUUUGCUGCCGUGGAUAAGCAGGACAGGGUGUAUGUAGCGAGUGUUAAUCGUUGGAGAAAUAAGGUAGCGAUCAGUCUCUAUGACCUUGAUGAUUUGCACCUAAAGGAGAGAGUUGAGUUCAAUGCACUAAAUCUGAAACAUGGUAGUCAUUAUAGUUGCUUUGUUUCCCUCUCUCCAGACAUGCUCGCGUUUGCUUCUUCCAGGAAGUUGUAUUUUAUCAAGGUAUCACUGUAAUCCAUCUCAAACUCUAUAUUACCGUUUUUAUUGGUGUGUAUACCUCUCUCCUCCAGCUCUACCCUAAUAUCAGCCUAUGUGCCAUAUUCUAUUGCUUGUUAUGUAAUAACUUAACGUAUGAUAUGAUUCUUAUUCUUUCGAUAUAUUUUAAUUGCAUGUAUACAGUUUGUCAUUAUCAAAAAAUAAUGAAAAAGUCCCCCUCUCGAAAUAUUGUGUUAAUACGUAAAAUAUACAUAAACUACACUGUCGCUCAUAUACACUGUUGG